GAGCUACCAGUGGAGAGAAGUGGCAGAUGCUGUGAAGACGCGUCGGAGGAAGCCCGUCAGCAAGCUGAGGCCGGACAAUGUUGGGAAUUUACGCAAAUUUUAAGAGACGCCACUCACUAAAACUAAAGCUGCGAGUAAAUUAGAAGACUUGUCUUGACGUUUUCGGUCUCGUUUCUUGUUUUUGAUCAUCCUAAGAAGCAGGAGGGGUCAGUUUGGUUCUUUUUCCAGCGUGCUCUGCUCCACAGUGUCUCCUGAGGUGAAGUGGCCAUUGAGAGUUUUGCGCGCCGCUAUGACCCUGGACACGGAUUUAAUGGACGAGCUCGUUAUUGAUGUAGUGGGUGAAGGUAGCAUGGACUCAGUGGACGAGCCUGUGUCGGUGUUACCGGGGGCAAACGCCAAGCUGCCUGGGUCUGCCUCGAGCUCGGGGUCCCUGUCUCUGGAGGCGGAGGAGGAGGGCGGUGGAGGCGGAGUAGGAUGCGCGGCUGGCGCAAGGACCACGGCUCCGGGCAGCAAGUCCGGCACGGUAAAGCCGCCCUACUCGUACAUUGCCCUCAUCACCAUGGCCAUCCUGCAGAGCCCCAAGAAGCGGCUCACCCUCAGCGAGAUCUGCGACUUUAUCAGCCGCCGCUUCCCCUACUACCGCGAGAAGUUCCCCGCCUGGCAAAACUCCAUCCGCCACAACCUGUCCCUCAACGACUGCUUCGUAAAGAUGCCGCGCGAGCCGGGCAAUCCGGGCAAGGGCAACUACUGGACGCUGGACCCGAACUCUGCCGACAUGUUCGACAACGGCAGCUUCUUGCGGCGCCGCAAGCGCUUCAAGCGGCAGCACUGCAGGCGCACGGGCGCUUUUGACGAGCGCGCAGCCGCCUUCUUUGGCAUAGCGUGUGGCGCUUGUGGCCCGUGUGGCGGCGGCAGUGGCGGAGUCGGUGGCGGCGCGUCACUAGCGCCGUGCCUGCCCUUACCGAGCCUAGACGCAUGUCCGUUUACCUUCCAUCGCAUCACCGCCGCGCACGCGCCCGCCGUCCUUCCAGCGCUCUCGGCCAUUUUUCCACGCAGCAGCAGUACCUGCGCCGCAGCGCGCGCACCGCUGGGCCUGGGCUCCCCGUUCCCGACCUCCCCUGCACUCUUCCACCCUGUCGCCUUCCCGCCCUUCAUAGGUCUGCAGUACGGACAGCUGAAAGCGCGUGACCUGGAGAAGUGACACCGACGGCGGAGAGUGCGGUGAAAAGUGCCUUUACGCACGCACGCGCUCAAAAGUGACUCAGGUCUGAAGAUUUCGCAUUUUCGUGUUUUUUUUUGUUCUCAGGAAUUUGGAUUUUUUUGAGUGCAAGAAUGUGGAUACUGUUAGUGGACGCUCAGCUUCAGUUUAUACAGUUUUGAAGGAUUUUCUCAAAAGAAGGAUUUAAAGUAGCUUCAGGGUGGACAUCGGGUCAUACACGAGAUGUUACUUCAGGAAACUAUUUCCUUGUUUAUUCCAGACAAGCCAGCCAAAGAAUUUUACUUAAUGCGCAACACAUAAAUAGAUAAUAAUAAAUAAAAAAUACACAUAUUCACUGUCAUUUAAAAACAUUGAAUCUAAUUUUUAAACUUGUUAACAUGUAACACUAAAUAACCCAAUAACACGAAAGACAAAUUUUUAUUUUCAUUCAUGAAACAGAGUUCUAUUUUUGGUCUGUAAAGUUUGUGAGUUUUCAGAAACGAGUUUUUUUUUUUUUUGCCUGACAGUGACGAUUCAUAGACAAUCAUAUUUUUAUUCAGAAACUAUAAUGGCUCAAGUGCCUAUAUGACCUGAUGGCCAACCAUACCUGAACCUUCUUCCCUGUGGACUUAUGAUUUACGGACUGAUUUUUGCUUUGCAAAUGUUUUCUGGCUGCAUUUCACGCUAUACAACUGAAGUGCCUUGAGUGUUAAAAAAAAAUAUAUGUAUAUAUAAAAUAUUUAAAUGACGAAUUUCUCAUUAAUGCUUGAAACGAAAUAAAAACGAA